UAUCAUCUCAGGAAUUUUGAGGGCUUUCUAAAAUGCAGCUGAGGACAUACCUAAAGCAGCAAAGGGAGGAAGAGUAUUAACAGAGGGUGGGAGUCUGAUCCUUUGCUCUUUCUCAUGAUAUUGCAUCCUGAAUACUCGCUCAGGUGACCAGAUUUGAAUUUUGAACUCUAGUAGUAGGUAUAGAGUGGUGACUUCAUUUGUCCCUUUAAACAAUUGCAAAUUAGACAAUCAAUUCCUAGCGGGAAAAUUCUAAGCAGCAAAAAAAAAAGGCUCACAGCCCUGUGGCAAAAGACUGAAAAUUUCAGUCCAGUCCAAAAAAACAAAGAAAAAUUCCAGGGAAAGAUGAGUCUACCAAAAAAAAAAAAAAAAAAACAAAAAACAAAAAACCCCACAAAAAACACACAAAAAACAAACAACAACAACAACAACAAAAAACUACACAGGAAGCUGAAUCGGGCUCUUUCCCAGCUCUUUAGUGUUCUAAUUCGCUGUCGACACUCCCUGUGGCCAAGUGCUCUUAUCUAGCUUUUUCAAGCGUUCCUCCAUUUGAAGAGUCUGUCCACUCGCCUCAUUUCACCACCUGCUUCUCCCAAUCUCAGUUGCACCGCCAGGUUCACGGUGCACUUGGAAGGGUGGACAGGAAUUUAUCUAUUCAGUGCGGCUCGGCUUCGGUCACUGAAUUACACAGGUCCAUCGAUCCUUCGUGCGGAGACUGCCUGCGACUGGGUGCGGGGGCUCCUCCACUGUAGCUGUGAGCCUAAUGAUCGCAAGCCUGCGGGAGGUCUCCGAGGAGACGCCCACCUCCCGCUCCCUGGGUUACCGGCGGUCCCGCCCCUCAGUUCCCGUCACGUGCCGCCGCGCCGCCCAAUCAGCGCCCGAAGCGCGCACGCUCAGGAUUCAAACUGCGGCGCCUGGGGCUUUCGGGGAUUCCACUUGGUGCGGCUGCAGCCCCGGCUGCAUGAGGGCCAUGGAGCACCGCAUCGUGGGGCCUGGGCCAUACCGGGCCACCAAGCUGUGGAAUGAGACUGUUGAGCUUUUUCGCGCUAGGAUGCCAUUACGGAAACAUCGCUGUCGUUUCAAAAGCUAUGAACAUUGCUUCACAGGGGCUGAAGCUGUGGAUUGGCUGCAUGAGCUGCUCAGGUGCAGCCAAAACUUUGGCCCCGAAGUGACCCGCAAACAAACGGUCCAGCUGCUAAAAAAAUUCCUGAAGAAUCAUGUUAUUGAAGACAUCAAGGGAAAAUGGGGUCAGGAAGACUUUGAAGACAACCGUCACUUGUACAGAUUUCCUCCUUCCUCACCCCUGAAACCAUACCCAAAGAGGCCCCCAUAUCAGAAGGAUGUUAUUAAAUUUCCGGAAUGGAAUGAUCCCCUACCAGGCACUUCACAGGAAAAUAUCCCGGUGAGGCCAGUUGUGAUGAAUUCUGAGAUGUGGUACAAGCGUCACAGUAUUGCUAUUGGAGAGGUGCCGGCUUGCCGUCUCAUCCACCGCAGACAGCUGACAGAGGCCAAUGUGGAAGAAAUAUGGAAGUCUAUGACAUUAUCAUAUUUACAGAAAGUCCUUGGCCUGGAUUCCUUAGAAGAAGUUUUAGACAUUAAACUCGUCAACUCCAAGUUCAUCAUCCAUAAUGUAUACAGUGUGAGCAAGCAGGGGGUUGUUAUCCUUGAUGACAAGUCAAAAGAACUUCCUCAUUGGGUCCUGUCAGCUAUGAAGUGUUUGGCAAAUUGGCCUAACUGUUCAGAUUUGAAGCAGCCUAUGUAUUUAGGAUUUGAAAAAGAUGUCUUUAAAACUAUAGCCGAUUACUAUGGUAACUUGAAAGAGCCUCUGCUUACAUUUCACCUCUUUGAUGCCUUCGUCAGUGUAUUAGGUUUGUUACAGAAAGAGAAAAUGGCCAUUGAAGCAUUUCAGAUUUGCUGUCUCCUCCUGCCCCCAGAAAAUAGGAGAAAGUUACAGUUAUUGAUGAGAAUGAUGGCAAGGAUCUGCUUAAAUAAGGAGAUGCCACCACUGUGUGAUGGCUUUGGCACCCGAACACUGAUGGUUCAGACAUUUUCCCGUUGCAUCUUGUGUUCCAAGGAUGAAGUGGACUUGGAUGACUUAUUAGCUGCUAGGUUGGUAACGUUUCUGAUGGACAAUUACCAAGACAUUCUGAAAGUCCCUUUGGCCUUGCAGACCUCCAUAGAGGAGCGUGUGGCCCAUCUACGAAGAGUCCAGAUAAAAUACCCAGGAGCUGAUAUGGAUAUCACUUUAUCGGCUCCAUCAUUUUGCCGCCAAAUUAGCCCAGAGGAAUUUGAAUACCAAAGAGCAUACGGCUCUCAGGAACCCCUGGCUGCCUUGUUGGAGGAAGUCAUCACAGAUGCCAAACUCUCCAGCAAAGAAAAGAAGAAAAAAUUGAAGCAGUUUCAAAAAUCCUAUCCUGAAGUCUACCAAGAACGAUUUCCUACACCAGAAAGUGAAGCACUUCUGUUUCCUGAAAAGUCUAAAGCAAAACCACAGCUGUUGAUGUGGGCACUAAAAAACCCCUUCCAACCAUUUCAAAGAACUAGAAGUUUUCGGAUGUAGUACUUUGAUAGCUGUUAGAGACCUCUGUUGAUGCUGUUGUUUUGAGUUAAUGGGUGGUUGGAGGACUAUACUGGUGGAAUAAAGAAGCAUGUAAGCCGCAGACUACUGAAUUAUAGAGAUUACCUGACUUCAAAAAAUGUUGAGCCAUUGUCAGUAUUUUUAUAAAACUCAGUGCUAUUUUUAAAGUGUACAAAGCAGUUAAAAAUAAGGAGACAUAUAUAUGGUGGUAAUGUUAAUAUGCUUGUUAUAAAAUUUAAUGGUCUUUUCAUUUUUUUAUUUGUUGUUUUUUACAGUGUUUAUAAAAUAUUUGUGUGUACACCUGAUUACUGAUGUCUUUGUGAUAACCAAGACUGAAAGAUAAUGUAUAUACUUGGAUAAGAAAGACACUGGAUACUGUUACUGUGAUGCUAUUGACUUAAUAGCCAAUUGUGAUUUCUGCUGUGUAGAUUGUUUUUCCUUGUUGCACAAAGAUUCUUAAUGUUCUAUAUUACAUUGGCUGUGUCUUUUAUUGCAGAUGUGUUGGAUGCUCUGACAGAUUUUACUUUUAUGACAUAUAUAUUAUAAUUAAACACCACCUAAAUGAAGUAGAUUUUCAUUUGCCUACACUAGUAUAAUUUCAGUCUUGGCUAAAGAUGGAAAAUGGAACAGGAUAAAUUCUUGCAGUCCUGUUAGUCCUGUGAUUCUAAGUGGAUCUUUGUUGUUUCAUGAAAAACACAAUGAGUUAAGUAAAAUGAGACAACUUCCUUUAUAUAUUUCCCUAGCUUUCUCAUCCUUUUGAAAGUAAAUGGAAUGUAAAUAAAUAUCAUUUUUUAAAAUACCA